CCGUUAACAAACUGAAAAGUGACUUCAGUUAUAGAGUGGAGCUGGUUUUCUUCACUUGUUUAUAAUGGAGCUCAGUUAAAUAUAAUCUUCUAAUCAAAGCUUAAAAAAUGCGGAUGUUCGGUUUUUCACAUUGUCCGUGCUCUAUAAUAUAAAAAAUCUACCUUUGCUGGGUAGAACCUCUCGAGGGGCGAAGUGUUGAUCCUCGCAAUAAACAAAAGGAAAAAAACAAAAACUGUGCAGGUGUAAACUCUAAAUAUUCUAAUCUGAACUAAAAACUGUUGUGCAUCAAAAAUGAAAAUCAUCUACAUAAAUAAUCAAAGUAUCUCUUGUGUGUGUCGUCUGAUAUCACGCCGUGACGAUAAGUGUGCUUUGCGUCGUGCAUAUAAAAGGGAUCACUUUGCAGCAUCUUAAUCUCUGUUCAGUAGUAGCUUAGCGGAUAGUGUACUUCUACAGAGUUCAAUGAGAUAGUGAGUUUAGCGCGUUGACGUUGCUGACGGUAUCACCAAUUGGUCUUAGUCCAUUUAGUGUAUAUAUUUGCACUGAUUACAUUUCCGAAAUAUCAGUAAAUUCCUUUGGUACUGUGCAGUGCUGAAGCAACGAAAUUGUAUUAAGUAUCGAAAUCAUCAUAUCCGAAACAGUUUUUCACGCGAGUGUGUUAACUCUGAAACUCGGCUCGCAGGAAUCGCAUUAAAAUCUAUAAACCCAGAAUCCGUGGUGUAAAAUGAGCAAUCAUAAUCAACAUGACUAUCGAAACGAUACGCGUAAUAAUGAUCCUGAAGAAUUGGAACGGCUGACAAACCCCAAUAAUACUUCUCUGAUUGUCGGUGAUAUUGUGCCAAACGAGAAGGACAAAAUGGGUGAAACUUUCAAUAAUGGAAUCGUCCGAAAAAGCGGAAAGGAUGUCAACGAAAAUGAGGAGAAGGCAAUGAAGGAUGAUAUCGACAGGAUACUCAGAACGAUGCCACUUACUGAAGAUACUACUUGUGGAUUUUGGAUUCUAAAAGGAUCAUUUUUUCAAAAAUUUGCAAAUAAGAAAGCCUACGUAAUACUCUACGGUAUAGUUGGUUGUAUAUUCUCUAUGACAUACGCUUACUUCAACGGGACAAUCACAACAAUCGAGAAAAGAUACAAGAUUCCGUCCAAAAAUACUGGUAUCAUAACUGUAGGAAACGACAUAAGUCAGCUAUUUGUAUCAGCAGUUUUAAGUUACUACGCCGGAAAAGGACAUCGGCCCAGAUGGAUAGGAUUUGGUUUACUUACUAUAGUCAUAUUUUGCCUCAUGAACGCGCUGCCUCAUGUACUGUAUGGGCCAGGUGAGGAUGCCUUACGGCUUACUUUAGAGUAUGGUGGAAUUCAGGAUUUGAAUGCAACGGAGGCUGUUAUAACUAAAGAGCGGACAAAAUCAUUAUGCAAAUUUAAAAGUAAUGGAACCGGGACGGAGUGCGAAAAUGUGGAAGGAAACUUUGCUCCUCAAGUUGUACUCUUCAUUGCCCAGUUUAUUUCGGGUAUUGGCGGCUCUUUAUAUCACACAUUGGGAGUAUCUUACAUGGACGACAAUACCAAAAGGUCGAAGACUCCAGCUCUAUUAAGUCUUUCGUACUUUAUGCGGAUGCUUGGUCCGGCCAUGGGUUACGCGCUUGCUUCCUUCUGCCUCCGAAUGUACAUCUCACCAACGUUGACACCGAUCGUUACAAAUAACGAUCCUCGAUGGCUCGGUGCCUGGUGGUUAGGCUGGAUUAUCUUGGGAAUAACUUUGUUCGUUUCGAGCAUAUUCCUUACAAUGUUCCCUAAAGAACUUCCGCGAGCAGCCGCACGAAGAAUGCUGAAGAAAGAAAGACAGAAGAAGAACAACAAAGAUCUAAAGGAUGUACCUGAGGAGUCUGAAUUGCCGGCAUCAUUUAAAGAUAUGAUCAAAACUUUCAAGAAAUUGAUAACAAACGCUACUUUAAUGUGCAAUAAUUUCGCGUCAAUAUUUUACUUUUUCGGGUACAUGCCAUAUUGGAUAUUCACACCGAAAUACAUUGAAAUCCAGUACAGGCAAUCAGCUGCAACGUCUAGUUUGGUAACUGGUACCGUCGCCCUGGCCUUUUCCGCCAUUGGGAUCCUUUUAUCAGGUUUCGUCAUUUCGAAGUACAAACCAAGAGCGAGAUAUAUGGCAGCGUGGAACGUUGCUGUUGGAUUGUUUUCAGUCCUUGGGAUGAUUAGUUAUUCAUUUUUGGGCUGCCCAGGGAAUGAAAAAUCAAUGGUCAUCAACUUGCCAGAAAGUAAUGGCGUAGGUGCUCUGAGUCCAACGUGCAACUCGCAGUGUCAAUGCGAUUAUGUAAGAUAUUCGCCAAUAUGUGGAGAGGAUGGGAAUACUUAUAUAUCACCGUGUCAUGCCGGAUGUAAGCAGCAGAGGAUAUCAGGUGAUGGGAAAAAGGUAUUUUACGAUUGCGCUUGCAUCACAUCCACCCUGAACGCUACAACUGCAACUCCCAUUUUCGAGCGGCUAACAACCCUUUCAGACAAUACUUACAAUGCAAGUUUCACAUUACCCGAAGCUCUCACUACAUCCUCGCCUGAAGUGACGCAGGUACUCUUGUGUUUUUUUCUAAACUGUCUCCACAGCACUAAAACGUAUUAUCUUUCGUCCUUAAUACAGUUACCAUUUGCCGGCAAAGCUAUUCCGGGUGCAUGUCCUGUCAACUGCUUCAAGCAAUUCGUCAUGUUCUUGUCGGUGAUGUGUUUCUUGAAAUUCAUCGGGGCAACAGGACGUGCCAGCAAUUUCUUGGUUUCAGUAAGAUGUGUUCCGGAAAAGGACAAAACGGUCGCAAUGGGCUUUGGCUUGAUGAUGAUGAGUUUAUUGGCUUUCAUUCCCAGUCCCAUAUUCUUCGGUUGGGUGCUGGACAAACUGUGCCUGGUGUGGGGUAAGACGUGCACGAGCAAAGGAAACUGUUGGCUCUACGAUGCCCAGGCCCUGAGAUACAACAUGAACAUCAUUGCGUCCACUUUUGUUUUUAUUGGAACUAUCUUUGAUGUUGGCGUAUGGUACUUUGUGAAGGACCUUAAGAUAUUUGAUGAGGAAGUCAAAGAGGAGGAACUGCAGGAGUUCGACCGGGAGGAGGAGGCGGCUGUUGAAAAGAAAGUGGAAAAUUAAGUUAAUUACGUAGAGGCUAGAGUCCUCUUCUUUCUAAUCAGUUUGUCCGUCGAUUGAGUGAAAGAGGUUUUCUGGUAUUCAAUAUGAGCAGCUGUGAUGAUAGAUAAUGUAUCGGUUAAGUGUAAUUAGUGCCUAAUUAAAUGUAGGUACUCUUUCUUACUAACGUUGUUAUUUUGUAUGUGCACUCUCCAGGUAAUUGUUGCUAACGAAGUCUAAUUCAGUUUGUUGACUUCUUGUAUGAUGAGAUUACUCAGUAAGUGUUUGUUGCUAGCGUGAUAAGGAAAAAUUCGCGAUAAGAGAUUCAUGUAAAUAAAUCGAAAUAAUUUCAUA